ACCAUAACCAGUUUCACACCAAACAGUUACUACACACCCUGACCUUCCUUCGAGCCCGUUUCUACAUGCUGUUCCAAUGGCCUUUGACUCGCCAGCUCGUCGCACUCCCAAAACCUUAACAAUGUACAAGAAGGUGCAAAGUGGUUCUGCAAGCUCCAGUGGUAGAGGAAGGGGCAGAGGAAUAAGGCGGAAACUUCAUAUCAGCGAGAAUGUAGAAAUCUCAGAGGUCGAGAUCACUGUUCAGAGGAAACUUGAGUCGGAUAUGGCAGAUGAAGUUGGGAAACGGAGAAAGGCAUCUGUUGAAGCUUGGGUAGAGGAAUCAGUGGUUACUAGUGAUGUUGAUGAAUGCAAUUUACAUGACAUGGCUUAUAGUGACCAUCGUUUCACUUGGUCAAGGCUAGUGGCAGCUCCUCGCACUCAAACGGCACGUCUUGAUCGUUCCUUGUGCAAUUCGUUGUGA